AUGAAGUGGCUUCUGGUGGCCACCGUGUGUGUGUUGGCGGUCGACGGAGCGAAACAAAUUGUUGGUAAUGCUUAUCAGUACCCGUUACCCGGUGGAGGAGCGACAACGUUCAUCAAAGGUCCCGCCUACGCCAAUCAAAUUCAAUCGCUGGCCGCUAAUGGCCCUCUGGCAGGCCGGAGCGUACUCCAGGGUACAGUGAACAGCUUCACUUACGCACCGCACGGUACGUUCGCAGCUCAAGUGAAUCGUGUCGUGGUCCCACAAGCCGUCUCUACGCCUUUGGCCCCGGCACACGUGAGUCAUGGGAUCGUGCAGCCUCAUCCCCUAGUCAACCGCGUCGUUCAUCAUUAUCCAGCUCCAAAUGUCGUCGUUUCGUCUCCCCGGGUCCUCUCGGUGCCAGGACCGCAGAUCUCCAUCAGGAGUCCGCAAACGGUCGCGGUUCAAGCACCACGGCUCGCGAUCCGAGUUCCGCAGGUCGUGGCCAGCCCGCAGAGAUUCAGCUUCAGAGCACCCCAGCAGGUGAUUGUCAACUCGGCACCUCAAGUUUUCGUCUCGAAUCCGCGAAUUACCGUGGCACGUAAUCCCAAUGUUGUCGUUUCGUCCCCGAGGGUCCUCACAGCACCAGCCCCGGUCAGAAUUGUACCCACACAGGUGGUUACAGCUCGUGCUCCACAAAUAACUUAUUCAGCUCCUCGAGUCGUCUCAGUCCCCGCACCCCGGGUCACGGUCAGCGCUCCGCAAAUCUCAGCGGCCCCAGCCCCUCAGAUAGCAUUCAGACCCGCGCAAGCGACGACCGUCCGAGCACCACAGAUCGCCAUAUCGGCCCCACGCGUUAUUGCGAACCCUGUCCCGCAGAUUGCCGUGUCCGCUCCGAGAGUAUUCUCCACUCAGACUCCCCGAGUCACGAUCGGGGCUCAACAAGUAUUCGCAGCCCCGGCUCCCCAGGUCGUAGUGAGACGUCCUCCUGCGCUAGCCAUUCAGGCACCGAGACUAACGUUGGGGAUUCCUCGGCUUACCGCAGCUCGGGUCCCGCAAAUCACGGUGAGGAACCCGCAGAUCAUCGCAGCUCGACCGAGCCAAGUCACCGUGGGAGCCCCGCAAUUGAUCACGGCCCGCGCCCCUGUGAUCUCCCUGAGGGCUCCGCAAAUCAUCGCCGCCCGUGCGCCCCCAGUGACUAUCGGAGCUCAACAGAUACUCGCAGCUCCGGCCCCCCGAGUCACCGUCAGCAGUCCGCAAAUCGUCGCGGCCCCGCAAUUCGCUGUCAACGCCCCGCGGUUGGCUCAGGGCCCUAUUUCGCAGGUCACAUUGAGCUCCCCCCGAGUAUUCUCUGCUCCGCAAGUCACCGUCAGAGCACCCCAAGUCAUCUCAGCUCCAGCUCAGCAAGUAGUAUUCACUUCUCCGCGGGUUAUUUCGGCUCAAGUUCCCCAACAACUCACCGUGGACACGCCCCGUGUCAGCGUGAGCACGCCACAAGUCUACUCGGCCCCUGCCGCCCAAAUAACCCUAAGCAACCCCCAAGUGGUCUCUGCUCCGCGAGUCACCGUUAGAGCCCCUCAGGUGGUUUCAGCUCCUGCUCCGCGAGUAGUUUUCAAUUCUCCGAGGGUCCUCACGGCUCAAGCCCCCCAGCAGAUCACCGUCGCCGCCCCGCGGGUCACCGUGAGCCAGCCACAGGUCAUAUCAGUCCCUACGCCAAGUGUGGCCAUCCGUACCCCGCAAUUGGUCUCGGCCCCGACCCCACAAGUAUUCAUCAGUUCUCCGCGGGUUUUCUCGGCUCAAGCUCCGCAGCAAAUUACGGUGAGCGCUCCUCGACUGCUCUCGGCGCCAGGUCCUCAAAUCGCCGUCAGUUCUCCGCAGAUCAUCGGUGCUCGAGCUCCUCAGAUCAGUUUCUUCUCCGCCCCUCGAUCGUUGCGGCCCGCGAUAACGAGCUUCAUCGGGAGCGCCUACUUGGCGAACAAUUAUCUUCCUCAACGAUCGACUCUCGUCACUCCCGUUACGCGAUUCGCUUCACAGCCAGCCGUAUUUUCGGUGAGAGUUCCCUCGGCGACUGUUGUUGGAACUUCGCAAAACCUACGGGGAAACGUCCCCGCACUCGUCACCGGCGGUGGUAACACCGUUGUUGCCCCCGGAAUUUCUUCGAUACGCCUGAACGCCCCGACGAACGUAGUUUCUGGAUUGUCUGUCAACCUUGGCCCGCGAACAGUCACGAGGCAAUCAGUACCGAUAACGGGAAUAUCCAGUAGUGUCUUCACGAAACUCGUUCACGUACCCGCAACAACGGCGAUCGUUUCGAACGGACCCGCUAUCAAUUCCAUCGUCUCAUCAAAUCCAACAUCCAUCGGUAUUUCAGCGCCUUCUGGUUUGCUCAGAACUUCUGUGACGUCUUCGGCGCCACUCGCGAACACCUACCUGAGCUCCCCGUCACUUGUCGGGGUUGCGUCCCCUCUACUUACAGCCGUACAUAGAGCGACCGGCGUUGGAGCGAUCCCUGUCGGCUCCGUCGCUCGUCUGUCGACUCCCGCCGUAACGUCCGCGAACAACGUCGUCGUGGCGAGACCGCUGCCCACUACGAUCACGAGCACACCCUCAAUCGUUGCUCUGUCACCUGGCCCUACGAGAAUCACAACUCUAGCCGGUCCGAACCAAAUCAUCGCCCAAGCCCCGCUCGUCUCACGGACUGUCAGCCCUGUCGGUACAAAUAUUGCUGUUCAGCCGAGGAGAACUUUGGUUGCGUCUGUCCCCGGAGCGGUCGUGACUCAGGUCUCGGGUUUAAGCUCCGCUAGUCCCGCGCUUUCGAGCUCGAUUCCCUCCUCGGGAACGAUCGUGUCCUCCGUGCCCGUCCGAGUCGCUGGGAGCGUGCUUCCCGUCGCUGCUCCUCGCGCCCUCGUCACGACUUCAGUGACAGCUCCGCAACAGCUUCUAACUCCGGCUGUAACUCAAAUACGGCGCGCCCCCACCGUUAUCGCGGCAAGGCAAACGGGAGGCGGCGUGAUCGUGUCAUCCUCACCUCAGAUUACGAGAGUUUCGACUCAGACAAUCAACCCCUCGGUCGGCCUUGCGCAAGUGAGACCAGCGCUCGGGGCUUCAGUCGUAGGUUCGAGUCCGCAGUUCUCCACCGUGUCUCAGAUAUCGCGUCUGGUUUCCACCGUCUCCGCUCCGGCAGGACUGGCGCAGUCGAAUGUCGCUCUCACUCCCGCCGUGUCCGUCAUAGGCGGAAGCUUACCCGUCAGCGGAACAUCCUCGAGCUACCUCACGAAACUCGUUCAAGUUCCAGUCUCCUCAACAGUUCUAGGUCCGAUGUAUAGUCAGCAGCUCUCGGUCGGUUCGGCGUCACCUUCGGUUCUUCUGUCCAACCAGAACAACAUCCUGUUUACCGGUCCUGGUUCUCUUUUGAAAUUCAUUCCCGCCGAUGCUGUGAGGAUUCAGACGCUCGGUCCUGCCGCCCUGAACAGCAACAGCGUCUCCCGGAACUCGAUCGGUCGACUCACGCCCACGACCGUCCUGACGGGUACUUCUGUACAGAGCGUUCCGGUUGUACAAUCUAAUCAAAUACAACCCGUUACAAAUGCCGUGACGGUGUCUCAAGGUGCCGUCAAUCAAGCCCUUCUUCCAGUUUCUGUCACUUCUGCUCAGAGCAGACUCGCUCUUGAUAACAUCGUCAGAUCGAAUCUGCCAAGGAAUCUGUUGACUGGAUACACCGUCCCCGUUGUACAGAAUGCCGUGAGACUGACUUCUACGAGUUCCGCAAUUCCACCAGCGCCUGUCACCGUCCAGGGAGCCGUGAACGUCGUGAGCGCUGAAACCGCUGGAUCGAGACCCGGCUCGGGUUACGUGAACAGGGAAAUUAACGCACCGAUAGCCGCCAGAUUGACGUCAUCGGUGCAAUCGACGAACACCAUCACGGAGCAGAGGAGCAAUCUCCAUGAAAUUCACAUUGGAGGCGACCGGAAAAGCAUUCGGGUCGAAGAGUACAAGACCGGACCUCAAGUGAUCCGAGUGCACGACGGUCCACGAUCGCCUCCGCAGGUUCUCAACGUCGAAGCUCCGCAAGAGCAGCAAGACAUCGUGAGAAUCGUUUCGAAAGAAGCUGGUCCGCCCCAUGUGGAACGGGUCGUCCACGAUGGGGGCACGCAAGUUUUCGAUGUUCAGAAGCCCGCAGCCGCGCCGGAACGAAUCGUUCACAUCGAACGAGGCCCACCGACACCUCCGAGAGUGGAGCUGACACAGGAGCAACCUCAAGUCGUCGCUGCAACGCCAGCGGUCGCAGCCACACAGAUCGCCAGUCCUCCGGUGGCAGUCACGGUGAGGGAAGGCGCUCCCUUAUUGAGUGCCUCCAGGGUGCGAGCGUCUCCCCUGGCUCGAAUCGCCGCUGCGCCGGUGGUCGCGCUCGAUACGAACUCCGCGUCGGAGAAGAUUGUGGUGCGAAAGCUCGUUCCAGCGGGAACUUUCGGCACCAGACUAAGGCGGAGGAAACUCACUAAAGCCGCCACUUCGAGAUAA